GAGGAGCCAGGUGUGGUGCUGGGUGGUGCUGGCCCGGCCAGGGUGCCAGGAGGACACUCGCCGGGCAGCCAAGCCCCGGCUUCCUCCCAGGUCCUGGGCUCCCGUCUGAGAUGAGUUCUGCCUCCAGCAAGCCCGGUGAUGGGGAUGCAGAGCAGACCCCACUGGGGCUGGACACCGUGAUCCAGAGGCUGGAGGACACCGUCUUGAGUCCCACGGCCAGCAGAGAAGACCGGGCGCUGACUGUACGUGGGGAAGGCCAGCAGGCUCUGCCCACGCCUGUACCUGCCCGAAUCCGUGAGAUCGUGGCUGGCAGCCUGGGGGACACACCACACCAAGGGGUGCAGGGGCCGCUGACCGCCUCGGCCCGUGUGCAGGAGGAGAAUGAGCUCCUGCAGGACGAGCUGGCCAGGCUGGAGAACCUGCUGGCCCAGGCAGGCACUGAGCAGGACGAGCUGGCCAGCAGGUACCACACGCUCAGUGAGCGGCUACAGGCCCGUCUGGAGACCACCGAGGCUCGGCUGCGGAGGUCGGAGCUAGAGCACAGCGUGGACCUGGAGGAGGCCCUGGGCCGUCUGGAGGCCGCUGAGCAGAGGAGCACCGGUCUCUCGCAGGUGAACACCCUUCUGCGGAAACAGCUGGAGCACAUGAAGAAGGCCAACGACAGGCUGGCCGAGGAGCUGGCCAGGAGAGCGGACAGCGUGCUCCACCUUCAGAGCGAGCUGGAGCUGAAGGAGGCACAGCGCUGGACUGAGAGACAGAGCCAGCGCACACACUCAGGGGGGCCCCAGGACUUCCUCCUCCUGUGGAGACAGGUCACGGCACUCCGCAUACAGCUGGCCGAGCUGCGUGCGACCACAGAGAGGGGUCUCACGGACAUGCGAGCGGAGGCGGCCAGGACGGCCUGGCGCCUGCAAACGGCCUGCCUGAACCUUGACUCCAACCUGCGUCUGUCAGCCAGCAGCGGGGCCAGUGCCCUGGAGCAGCAGGCCCUGCAGGCUGUGCGGCUGGAGCAGCAGCUACGGGACAAGGUGCAGGAGAUGCUCCAGCUGCAGGGCCGCUGGGACGCAGAGAAGGUGGCGCUCCAGGCCAGGGUCUCCAAGCAGACGCUCCUGGUGGAGAAGCUCACAGAGCAAAACUCGAAGAAGGAGGCAACCAUCUCUUCCCUCAGAAUGCAGAUCCAGAAGCUGGUGGCCCGGGCAGAUGCCGGGGGCCCAGAGCUGGCAUGGGGUGACAGUGCUGGAGCUGAGGAGGCCCGGGGCCCACUGAGGAGGCCCACGCGCUCUGCGUCCCCCCACCGGGGUGUGUCCCCACCGCGGGCCCGCUCCCCGGACACCCCGGACCCCACACUGCAGGCUGUGCAGACAGCCUUCGGGAGGCGGCGGCUGCAGGAGCAGGAACUGCGCCUGCAGCUGGAGUCCUCACAGGCCAUGGCCGCCAGGCUCCGGGAGCAGCUGUCUGAGAGCCAGCAGGAGCUGCAGGCCUCAAGGAGGCUCCUGCAGGAGCGGGUGCGGGAGCAGGUGCAGGAGCGCGAGGACCUCCUGCGCAGGCUAUGGACGCAGAGCCGGGAGGCACAGCACUGCAGGGCGACCAGCGAGCUCCUGCGAAGCAAGAAAAAGGCUCUGGAGACUGUGGCGGAGGGGAUGAGGGAGCAGAAGGAAGAGCUGGCACAGCAGGGCAAGUGGGGCCGCAGGGAGCUGGGGACCAGUCAAGGGCGCCUAGAACAGCUGGAGGAGAAGGUCUCGGGGCUCAAGAAGGAGCUGGUGGCAGCCCAGGAGGCACUGAACUCGGCCCGGCUGCAGAGGGACGUCCUGGACAGCGAGAGGGAGGGUCUGCGCAGAGCCCUGGCCCGGGCCGAGUCCAGCAGCAUGGACCUGGGAUUGCUCGUGACGCGGCUGAAGUCGGAGGGGGUGGAGCAGAGGGACUCCCUGGCCAAGAUGGCGGCCCUGACGGAGGCGCUGGCUCAGGACAAACACAACCUGAGCCACCUGGUCCUGCAGCUGGAGCAGGAGCGAGACCAGCUGCGGGAGCAACAGAAGGCACUGGAGCAGGAGCUGGAGCUCGUGCAGACGGCACGCGGGCACCUGGAGAAGCAGCUGCAGGGGCAGGUGGCCCGGUUCCAGCAGCAGCGGGACCAGCUGCAGGAGCAGAUGGGCCAGGUCACAUGCAAGAAACAGGCCUUGGAAGAACAGCUGGCCCAGAGCCUGCAGGACCAGGAGGCCCAGAUGGACACUCUGCAGAGGGCCCUGCAGGAGAAGGAGGCUUUGUCUGAGGAGCGGACCCAGCUGCUGGCCAAACAGGAGGCCCUGGAGAGGCAGGUCCAGCUCACAGCUGAGGAGGCAACUGACCUCAGGGCCGAGAGGGACUCUCUGCAGAGCAGCCUCUUUGAGACCCACCAGCUGUUGAGGCAGCUACAGGACCAGCGGGAACAGCUGGAGGGAGAGGCCCAGAGCGUGCGGCUUGCUCGGCAGGCCCUGCAAGUGGAAAUGCAGCAGCUGAAGAGUACCUGGGAGGUCCAGGAGACAAAGCUACAGUGGGACGUGGGGCGGCUUCGGCGGCAAGUGGUACAGCAGGAGCGGGAGAUGCAGCUGGCCCUGGAGAGCCAGGCGCUGGCCCACCACGAGGACCUGGCUCGGCUCCAGAGGGAGAAGGAGACGCUGCAUCUGUCUCUGACAGAGGAAAAGGAAGUGGCAGCUCGCUGUUUGGAACAGGAGAAGAAGCUGGUAGCAAAGAAUGUAGCCAAGAGGGAGGCUCUGAAGGAGGAAAUUCAGAGCUUGAAGCACGAGAGGGACAGGAGUCUCCUCCAACUGGAACAUGAGAUGCAACAGGCCCUGUCACUGAAAGAAGCAGAGGGAAGGCUGCUGAGGGAAGAGCUCUCCAGGUCCAUGCAGGAGCUGGAACAGGUGCAGCAGAAGGCCCAGAGCCAGCAUGAGCAAGCCGAGGCCACCAUCAGCGCCACGACCACAGAGCUGAAGGCCCUGCAGGCCCAGUUUGAGGACGCCAUCUCGGCCCAUCAGAGAGAGGCCUCGGCUUUGGGCGAGAGUCUCCGGAAGAUGGCGGCAGAGCGAAGCAACGCCAGGAGAGAAGCCGAGAGGCUGCGGGCCCAGCUGGACGAGGCCCGGGAGGGGCUGGCUAUACUGCGCCGGGAGCUGCGGGGCAGUGAGGAGAGCCGUGAGGGGCUUCGCAGGGAGGCCCUGGAGGCCCAGCGGGCCCUGGGUGAUGAGGCCCGCGAGAAGGACGCGCUGCGGUGCUCCCACGCUGAGCUACGGGCCGCGAUCCGCAGGGCUGAGCAGGAGAAGGCCAGUUUUCAGAGGUCCAAGGAAGAAGGGGAGCAGAAGGUGCUGGUCCUGGAGGAGGCCCGAGCCGUGGCCCAGAAGGAGGCCUGUGAGCUGCGGGCCAGGCUGAGGGAGGUGGAGCAGGCUCAGGCAGAGGCCCACCGGGAGCUCCAGGAGCUGGGCAGGCAGGCUGCAGUGGAGCUCCAGGACAUGGCCUUGCUGCCUGUGUCUUUGGAAGCCACCAGCCGGAGGGCCCUGCUUGGACCCAUGGGGCUCCCGGUGAACAUGCUGGAGGCUGAGAACCGGAGAAAGAGCCACGAGGUGAGCCAGCUGCAGGUCCGGGGCGCUCAGGACACCCAGCGGCAGCAGCAGAGCCAGCGGGAGGGGCUGCAGGCGCAGAGGUUGGCCACGGAGGCGGCCUGUGAGGGCACCCAGAGGGAGGUCCUGAGGCUGCAGCAGAAACUGGCGGAGGUGGAGGCCGCAGCAGAGGCCCAGAAGCAGCGGCCGGAGGAGCGUCUCUGCCAGAGCCAGGGGGCCGAGCACACCGUCCGGGCCGAGCUUCGCACCGCCCCCAGGAGGCUGCAGCGGGCCGGGGGUGCGGCUGAGGGCCUGCAGGCUCGCCUGGACGAGGCCUGCCGCCAGGUCCACAGCCUAGAGCAGGCGCUAGCUCAGGCUGAGGGUGCCAGGCGGGAAUCGGAGGGCCAGCUGAGCCGGCUGUGGUCCACGCUGUGCCGUGGCCUGGGGCUCUGGGGACAGAGACCCUCAGGCUUCCCCGAGCGGCCCAGCCUCCCCAGGAAAGGCUCAGAUGGCAUCCAGGCUCGCUCCCCGCGGCAGAGGGCCAGCCCCCCCGCCCGGUCCCGCUCCCCACUGCGAUGGCCCUCACCUGCACCGGGGGACCACAGCCCGGAGGUGGACGUGGACUCUGUGUGGGACGCCCUGCGGGACUUGGUGCUGCAGCUGCAGGAUGCCCAGAGGGAACGGGAUGACUGGCACUUCCAGGCGGUAAGCCUGAGCGGCCGGCUGAGUGAGGCAGAGAGCGAGCGGGCCCAAGCCCAGAGCCGUGUGCGGCAGCUACAGAAGGCGCGGGCAGACGCGGAGGAAGGUUGGCGCCAGGCAGAGGCCGAGAUGAGCAGCACCCAGGCGGCGCGGGCCCUGCAGGAGGAGGUGCUCCAGAGGCUGGAGCUCAAGUACCUGGCGAGCACGCAGGCGGCCGGCCAGGAGAAGCGGAGGCUGCAGGAGCAACUGGAUGCGCUGCACAGGGCCCUGGAUGAGAGCAGAAGGCACGGCCAGGGCCUGGCCCAGAGAGGGAAGCUGCUGGAGGAGCAGGUCGCCCGCCUGCAGCGCAGAUGCCGGGAGCCCUUGCCGCAGAUGGAGCAGGAGAUGCUAAGGAAGGAAGGGGACACGGCCCGGCCAGGGGCCAAGAAGGAAUCCCGUCCGCCUGCCCGAUGUUUCCCUCCCACACACGCCCCCUCUCCUCAGGAGCCACAGAGCUCCGCACAACCCCGUGCCUGGGGGCCCUGGCCUCAGGGUCUGCCCACCCCACCUGAGCUCCUGCCCCAUCCCCAGGUGGCCAGUCUGAAGAAGCAGCUGGACCAGGAGGUGUCUCGGCAGCAACAAGCCUGCCUCAGCCAGGCCUCCCGGCCCAAAAAGUGAGCCCUGCUGCCCAGUGCCCCCGGGUGGCCUGCCCACCACAGCCCACCACAGCCGAGAGCCGCCGGGGCCAGCAGAGCCCCCGCCAGGAGAACAGAGGCCCCAGGCUGUUCAUUCACAGCCGGGAGCCCACCACUCCUGCCCCAGGGACCCUGUGUCGGCAGGCGCCCUGCAACUCCACUGAGCACAGAGCUCCCCCCGGCCCGUGGGACAUUGCUCCAGGACGCUCCUCUGCGGCGCCCCCCGCCCCCCACUGCAGAGAGCCCCCCUGCCAGCCCGCACCCGGCCUGGCACUGCUUCUGCUCGGACGCACGGAUCUGGGCAGAUCCUGGUCGCCAGGCCCCGUCCGGCCAGCUUCCGUGGCCGCAGGCUGCAUUCCAUGCCCUCAGCUCUAUAAACACGGGGAAACACGUGGAAAAUAUUUCCACCAACCGGAGCCAAAAACAUAAUGUCCUGCAAGGCCCGGCCACCACUUCCCUCCGUCCAGAGGCCGCGGGACCUUCCGUAUGCAGGAACUGCGGGCCCAUCCCUGUGGCAGGUGGCUGGAAGUGACUCAGAAGCAAGUCCCCGUGACUCACUGGCCACGAGA